AUGGCGGCACUAACACACUAUUCUAAUCCAUCAUACUCACACAUCUCAAACAGAUUUGGCAUGAUAGCCGCCAUUGACGAGAGCGGAACGAUCGAAGAGAACUUCAGCGGAUGCCAGUUCGAGAACGUCAUCGAUGCCACGGGCUGCUGUGUGAUCCCCGGUCUCGUCGACUCUCACACGCAUCCAGUCUGGGCUGGAGACCGCGUGCACGAGUUUGCAAUGAAGUUAGCCGGAGCAUCGUACCUCGAGAUCCACGCUCAGGGAGGCGGCAUUCACUUCACGGUCGACCACACCAAAGACGCGUCCGCGGAAAGCCUCUUGGAUUCCCUGGUGGAUCGGCUCGGAUGCAUGCUUCGCUCGGGCACCACCCUGGUAGAAGCCAAAUCCGGCUAUGGUCUGGACCUCGAGUCCGAAGUCAAGCUGCUGAGGGUCAUCGACGAGGCCAGGGCUCGGACACUGAUCGAAAUUUCGAGCACCUACUGUGGCGGCCAUGCGGUGCCCAGGGGAAAAACCGUGGGAGAAGCCACGGAGGACAUCGUCCGCAAGCAGAUACCGGAGAUCAAGAGGCGGAUGCUGGAAGGCACCCUGAACGUCGAGAACAUCGACGUCUUCUGCGAGGAAGGAGUCUUCGAUGUUGACAGCACCAGGAGCAUCUUGCAGGCCGGCCGGAGCCUCGGUCUGCGCCUCAACUUCCACAGCGACGAGCUGUCCUGCAUCGGAGGAACUGAGAUGGGGGCAUCGCUCAAAGCCGAGGCCAUAUCCCAUCUGGAGCGUGUCUCACCCGCGGGAAUGCGAGCCAUGGCCGAAGCUGGCACGACGGCGGUGAUCCUGCCGACGACGGCCUUCAUCUUGAGGCUCGAAUCCCCGCCAGUGAGGGACCUGAUCCAAGCCGGGGUCGCGGUCGCCCUUGGCUCGGACUUCAACCCGAACGCGUACUGCACGUCCAUGCCGAUGGUGAUGUACCUGGCCUGCAUCAUCUGCCACAUGAGCCUCGAGGAAGCCUUGGCAGCGUCGACCAUCAACGGAGCGGCCGCGUUAGGUAGAUCCGGGACCCACGGCUCCAUCGAGGUUGGCAAGAUGGCCGACCUAGUCGUCGUCGAAGCUCCAUCGUGGGAGCACCUCAUUUACCAGUUCGGGUGCCACGAUCGAACCAUCAAAUGCGUCAUCAAGGCUGGAAACGUCGUCCACACAAGAGAAUCGUCGUAGGCAGAAGAGAACCUGCACUUUGUUUCAUCUUAAACCGGACCAUGUGCGGAGUCACCCGAGUUAAUAGUCGGUCU